UUGUUUCAGAUAUCAUUUUGUGAAAAAAAAUUUAUAUCGUUUUGAGAAAUGAACUAUCUGUCUCAUUUCCAUGGCAACGAAACCAUACCUGCCUAGUCAUUUUGACGUAUGUCAAACGAUGAUUUAUUGCUUAUGCAUUUUGGUAUAAUGAAUUAGGUGAUAAAACUUUAAUUUACAAACUCCUAUAGUCACAAAACUGGGCAGAAAAGUUGCGUUUUUUCUUAAACAGAGAUCUUUUACAUUGUUGAUUAAAAUAUGUAUCUUUUUUAUUCUUUACGUUAAUUACAUUCUUAUUUUAUUAUUUUUAACUGCCUUAAAAUAAAUGCCUACCAGUGAGUUAAUGGGGGUAAUUAAUACUACAAGAAUUUUAGACAUUCAGUCCAGAUCAGAUGAACUUUGUUCUUCUUCAUAUCUUAUUAGUUAUAACAUGUUGAUAAUGUAUGUUAUAGCUAUUGUUGGAGGUUAUGUUGCUUCUUCAUUAAUACUUUUUAAAUUCCCUAACCUCAUUCACAAAAGAAGAAAGCUCAAGUUUUUUUGCCCUCACAUUAGUCAUAGAGGAGGUGCAGGAGAAGCAUUUGAAAACACAAUUGGGGCAUUCGACAAUGCUCUCAGGCAGAGAACAGACAUGUUGGAAAUAGAUUUACAUUUAACAAAAGAUGAACAAGUCGUAGUGUCACAUGAUAACAAUCUGCUGCGUGUCACGGGAGUUAAUGUAAACAUAUCAGACUCCAAUUAUGAGGAUUUACCGAAGUUAAGAUUGGAUUUAUGCAAAAACUACAAUAUUGCAGGCCAACCUAAAGACAAAGAUGUAAAAAUCCCACUUCUGAAAGAUGUCUUCGAAAGAUUUCCUGAAGUUCCAAUUAAUAUAGAUAUUAAAGUCAAUAAUGACAUGCUGAUAGAAAAAGUAAAUGAUCUUAUUAGAGAACAUGAAAGAGAGAACAUCACCGUUUGGGGUAAUUUCAGCAAUGCAGUGACGAAAAAAUGCUUUAAAAUCAAUCCACAGAUUCCAAUUUAUUUUUCUGCUAGUAGAGUUAUUUGCCUAGUACUUUUCACAUAUAGUGGAUUAUUGCCUUUCAUACCAUUCAAAGAAUCAUGCUUGGAGCUGUUUAUGCCAUCUGUUUUACUCAAAAAUCCAAGCAUGAAAGGCUCCAGAGAUAAAUUUUGGAGUCCAUAUGUUGUUUGGCUCAUUGAAAAGCUAUUGUUAAGAAAAUCUUUGUUUGAUCACCUUUUAAAGAGAGGAAUUCAGACGUACUUGUGGGUUUUGAACGAGGAAGAAGAUUUUGAGAAAGCAUUUGAGCUUGGAGCUGUGGGAGUGAUGACAGACUAUCCAACAAAACUGCGAAAAUUUCUAGAACGAAAAUCUCCCAUUAAUGAUUCACAUUAAUAAAAGGCCUUUUGGUAUGCACAUCAUAACUACAUGAUAGAUCAUGUAAGAUUUGAGACACUUUUGAAGCAUUUGCUUGCUUGAUAAAACACUAAUUUCAAUAACAUAUACUAAAUACAAUCACUUAUACUUGAAAGUGCAUUUGUAAUAUGAAGAUAGAAGACUUUACUGGCUACAAUGUUUCAUUAUUUAUUCUUGAAUUGCACAUAUUUUUUCAUGAGUAUUUUUUUUACCCAUCUGGGAUUACUUAAUUUAACAAAUGUGUACAAGUAACCCAUAUUUGAAAUGAAGUUGAUUGAAAAUCCAUUAUUAAAAUAACUUCAUUAGUUGGUUGAAAGACUUAAACAUAAUGCAUAAUUAUUUAUUUAUUUACAUCAUUUAUUAUGCAUUAUUAUUUAUAAUUAUUUAUUAUGCAUAAUCAUUUAUUUUAUUUAUUAUCAGGUGAAGUUUAACCAUAAUUUUCCUGGCAGGUGAAUAGAGCUUUUAAAACCUAUUAGUACAGCAGUUAAACUGAGCCUCGAUAUCACAAAAUUCGACUACUAGAAAAAAUCAAUUACUAAUGCAUUGUUACUCUGAUAAAAGUUAAAAAAAAGAAAA